UUUACAGAUGAUUCGAAUUGACCAGCCUGGUGAGAGCCGCUCUACCGUAGAUUCCAGUCAAUUACAUGUGACAGAGCCACAAGAGCCACAUCCAUCAGAGCCACAAUGCAGCGGCACCAAAGCUGAAGUAGAUAUUGAACAGGGUCGAGUUGACUCGAUGGCCGCCGCUCGGUGGAGCAAGUGCUUUAACCCUCUUAGUGAUAAAGGAUAAACUGCAUCCCUGGCAUAAUUAAUCAUCAUAAUAAUAUUUUCAAUCAUAUUCAUCUGGCUUGACACUGAUUGAAAUCUCUCUAAACAAAAAACUAACCUAUAUUAAUAAUAUGUGAUAACAAGCUUAAAACCACAUGAUAUGGCAAUCCAGAUUUUAGGAUUUGCAGAUGAUUUAAAUCUUGCAGAAAGAACUCUGAAGAGAGAGAACGCAGCAAGAGAGAAAUUUUGGACAUUGGAGAAGUGUGCAGCAAAUCUAGGUCUUAUUAUUAAUAUUG